CCGCCGCCUCCUCCACCUGCGUUAUGACCUCGACCAUCGUCCACGACGGCAGCAUCGAGCGGGAGGUCGACCCCGAGGAGGCGCAGUACAUGCGUGCCGUCCAAGAGUCGUUGGCGAGCGCCAAGCCGUCGGCUGCGCCAGUCGCCGCCGCCGCAGCCUCGGUUGGCGCAGCGGCACCGCCGCCCCCGGCGGAGCUUGUUGCCGCUGCCGCGCCGAAACGGACCGCCGCCACCGAGGACGCGGCCGAUCCAACGGCGGAUCAGAUCAGCCGCGAUGCGGCGCUCGCGAUUGCUCUCUCCGCGGAGCACUCUGAUGCUCCCGCGGAGCUUCUCCGUGCAAAGGUCGUGCACGAUGGCAGCAUAGAAAAGGACCUGUGAGGUGCUCGAUCGGCACGGUGUUCAGCAAGCUCGUGGGAGGUGACCAGCGGCUCUUGCAUCGUGUGCCUACCGCUGUUUGGUUUGCGAGCCCAAUCACGCUUGGCGCACCGAAGGCGCUGGCAGUUUGCGACCAACACACCGGCGCAGGUACGAAACCCACUGCAGUUGUGUUGGCCCGAGAGCUACUCGGCGGUCUGUGAGUACACAUGACAUGUGUGUGGAGUAACCCGCUGGCUCCGUGGUCCAUCGGCGCUGUUCCUCGCUGUGUGCUUGUUGUGGCGCGCGGCGCGUGAGCGCGGUGAGAGGCGUGUGCACGGCGUAACACACGGUCGUGUACUUCUUCUUUACGUAACGUACAUAAAA